AUCUGCCUUAAUUAACAGUUGCUUAAUCUAAUUAAACAAAAUUAAGCUGUUUUUUUUUUUAAUUUAAUCUGGAAAAAGGCUCAGAUGAGAUGAUGAAACCGAUAAUGCUACAUUGCUACUGCUCAUCAUUUUCAUUUAUAUUCACACCAUAGCGAUAGCCAAAGCUAUUUUCAGUUCAUAGGUGUGGUUGUGAAUUGCUAGUCUGAUUAUUUGGUGGAACGAUCACUUCAGGCUUACGCUCGCAGCUCAAUUAUUGAAUCUUCUCCUUUUUGUGGAUUUCAAUUAGUAGCUACAUUAAACCAGUGGAGUAAAGAUCAAUAUUCCGAUUCAGCUUCUACAGAGCUUGGAGGUUGAAGAGAAAAUCAAGCUCAUGGAAGCUUUCUCGGUUUCCAGGUUGCUGUUCUUCAUUUUCAUAGCUGCAUUUGGUGGUUUUCGAUCCACACAUUGUAGUGUGACUUAUGAUAGGAAGGCUAUUCUCAUCAAUGGCCAACGGCGAAUUCUCAUUUCUGGCUCCAUUCACUACCCUAGAAGCACUCCUGAAAUGUGGGAGGAUCUUAUUCAGAAGGCGAAGGAUGGGGGAUUGGAUGUAAUCGAUACUUAUGUCUUCUGGAAUGUUCACGAACCUUCUCCUG